ACCAAGAAAAUACUUCAUGCCAUAGCAUUCAUCACUUCAUCUUUCAACUUUCCCAUAACUUAAUUCUUCCAUUUGGGCUUUCUGUAUUAAUUACUUUAUAUAUUUCAAUUUCAACAAAGGGAUCAAGUUGGUGGUACUGUUCCGAUGGAAGAAAUCGAAGUUCCUUCUCAUUUUCUAUGCCCAAUCUCGCUGCAACUCAUGAGAGAUCCCGUCACAGUCUCGUCCGGCAUAACUUACGAUCGAGAAAGCAUAGAAAGAUGGCUCUUUUCGUGCAAGAGCAACACUUGUCCUGUCACCAAGCAAUCCUUGUCUGACAGUACCGAUCUAAUUCCGAACCACGCCCUUCGUCGACUGAUCCAAGCCUGGUGCACCCUCAACGUUUCCCACGGCAUCGAGCGAAUCCCAACCCCCAAGCAACCACUCGAUCGAACCCAGAUCACUAAACUCCUCGACCAGGCCAAAAAAUCCCCACAAAAGCAUCCACAGUGCCUCCAGAAGCUCCGAUCGAUCGCAUAUCUAAGCCAAAGGAACAGAAAGUGCUUGGAAGACGCCGGCGCCGUCGAGUUCCUGGCCUCGAUCAUAAACAAGAACGAAGCUUCAACAGUCGAAGCCGAUGAAGCCUUAUGCUUGCUUUAUCUUCUGGAAAUUUCGGAAGCCAGCCGGAAGAAGCUGGCGAGUAAUAAUAUUGAAUUUGUGGAGUCUUUGAUGAACGUAUUGAAUUGCGGGAAUUACCAAUCUCGAGCCUACUCAGUAAUGCUGAUGAAAUCCAUCUUGGAGGUGGCCAACCCAAGCCAGCUGACGGGAGUAAGAGCCGAGCUCUUCAACGGAGUAGUCCAUGUUUUGAACGACAAGAUCUCCCAUCAAGCAACCAAAGCCGCAUUGAAGCUUCUGGGCGAGGUUUGCCCGUGGGGGAGGAACCGGAUCAAAGCCGUGGAAGCCGGCGCGGUGUCAGCCCUGGUGGAGCUGCUUCUGGAGACGGUAGAAAGAAGGUACAGCGAGCUGAUCCUGGUGGUGUUGGACCAGCUCUGCAGGUGCGCCGAGGGGCGGGCGGAGCUGCUAAAGCAUGGGGCGGGGCUGGCCGUGGUGUCGAAGAAAAUACUAAGGGUUUCGCACGUGGGAACGGACAGGGCGGUGAGGAUACUGUCGGGGAUAUCGAGAUUUUCAGGGAGUCCGAGGGUGGUUCAGGAGAUGCUGCAAGUGGGAGUGGUGUCGAAGCUGUGUUUGGUGCUUCAAGUGGAAACCAGUGGGAAGACCAAGGAGAGGACCAACGAGAUGCUCAAACUGCAUUCUAGGGUUUGGAAGAAUUCCGCUUGUAUUCCUCCCCAUUUGCUCUCUUCUUACCCAAAUUAGGCUUUCUUUUUUUCUUUUUUUUUUAAAUUUUUGUGCCCACAAAAUAGAGUCUAUAUACAUAUGCAAAUGGGAUAGGAAUUUGGUCUGGGAAUGAUCUCGAGGUGUAUGCAAGUGAUUGACACAUACAAUUACAAUUAAUUAUAAUUAAGAGCUUAA